AUGAACGGUUCUCGUCCCGCUAGCGGCAACCAGGGCUUCAUGGGCUUCGGCUUCAUGGGUGCCAAAUGGCCCAGAAUCUUCUUCGGCAUCACUCUCGUCCAGGCCAUAAUCUGCCUGGCCUUUGAGGCUUAUGUUUUCUGGAAGUUCCAGACCAGCUUGACUGACGAUGCGCCGACCGGCAACGCCAAGGAGGAUUCGCCCAGAAAAACGAUUCCCACCUUUCUCACGCUUUUCAUUUUCGGAUUCUUGUACGAGUUGGUUAUCGUUUGGGAUGCUCUUAGGGCGAAAAACACCAUUCAGGUCAUUGGUGUUUGCAUCGCCAACCUCGCCUUGAUGGUAUACACUGCCAUUCAGGUGGACCAGAUCGCCGAGGCCGUCGACGAGCUCAAGAGAAUCAGCGCGCUCAUCAACCCCAACGACGACAUGUGGGCUGACGUCAAGCCGUAUCUUGUCGCUAUUCCCUGCAUCCUCGCGUUCGGCACCAUCACCAUGGGCUUUGUCGCCUGGAAGCUGUACCAGGUCUUCGCUUGGGACAUUCUGAAGACGAUAGGAGCCGACUACAGAAUGAAGAAGCGAUUCCUCCACUACCAGAUUUAUAUCGCACUCCUGAAGUUCGAUUUCUUCUUUUUCCUUGGUUUCACUGUUCAAUUCCUCGUCAUUGUCAACGCUAGAACCGAUGCCGAAUUUGGCCUGACCAUCGCCGCGAUUCCCGUCACGAUUGCCAUUCUUCUGAUGGCGGCCUGGUUCACCAGAAUCGAGAACAAGAUUGGCAUGAUCUGUGUUCUCGUCCUCUACUUCGGCGCGCUCAGCUACUUCAUUUUCAAGCUCGUCCGCAUUUACCAACCCGCGACUCGCGACCAGUAUCAACCGGUCCGAAAGUCUCUCACCGCCUUCACAGUCAUCACCAUUCUCCUAAUUAUUUGCACAAUCGUCAACUGCGUUGUCUGCAUGCGCAACUUCAACGCCGGUCUGAAGACUCAUCUGCGCAAGCCCUCCAAGGAUCUGGAAAAGAAUCCGGACUUGAACUCCAUCAACCUUCAAGAUGUCAAGCCCUCUGUCGCGAGCCGAAUGACGAUCGACUAA